GGGCUCCCUGCCCCAGAGGAGUCAGCUCUGUCUCCAGGACCAGCAAGACCAUGGCAGAGGACCUGGGGCUGGGCUUUGGGGAAACAGCCAGAGUGGAAAUGCUGCCCGAGGACGACAGCUGCAGGCCCAAGGCCAGAGCUGGGCUGGCAGCCAGGAGCAGCAGCAGCACCCGCUGGGCUCUCACCUGUUGCCUGGUGUCACUCCCCAUCCUGGCAGCGCUCACCACCUACCUGCUCGUUGGCCAGCUCAGAGCCCACGGAGAGGGCUGUGCGUCCCAGACUCCAGAAGGACAGGAACCUGGACCUUCACAUCAGCGAGCUUAUGCACCUCCCGAAGCUGGUGUAGAUAAGCCAAGGGCACACCUGACAGUUGUGAAACAAAUGCCAACACAGCCCUUGAAAAAUCAGUUCCCGGCUCUGGAUUGGGAACAUGAACUUGGCUUGGCCUUCACCAAGAACCGGAUGAACUACACCAAUAAAUUCCUGGUGAUCCCAGAGCCGGGAGACUACUUCGUUUACUCCCAGAUCACAUUCCGAGGUACCAUAUCCAAGUGUGGUGAAAUCAGCCAAGGGACCCAACUGAAAAAGCCAGACGUCAUCAUCGUGGUCAUCACCAAGGUAACAGACAGCUACCCGGAGCCCACUCAGCUCCUAAUGGGGACCAAGACAGUGUGUGAAAUUGGCAGCAACUGGUUCCAAUCCAUUUAUCUAGGGGCCAUGUUCUCCUUGCAAGAAGGGGACAAGCUGAUGGUGAACGUCAGUGACAUCUCUUUGGUGGAUUACACAAAAGAAGAUAAAACCUUCUUUGGAGCCUUCUUGCUAUAG